GGGUCACUGGAAAUUUUGACAGGGAACCAGUCCUCCUCCCAGUCCCCCUAGUCCCAAGUAUUGUAUUGGUUGCCGCCAAAAGCCAACUGUUUCCUAACCACAGGAAACCCAGCCCAGAAAUUACGCCGGGUCAGUUUAUAAAGCUAAUGGUGGUGGGUUAAUAAUUUGUUUAUUUUUGCAAAAGCAAAACAUUGUUUGUACUAAGUAAAGCACUUGCUUCUGUUGGAAUACGGGUGCCAAAAGGUGUUUUCAAAAUAUUAGGAAAAAUGCCUAUAAAUGGAAAAUCAUUCUACAGCGAGAUUUUGACAGUGUUGUCAAAGCUUCUUUGAGUUUUUUGUUUUGGUAUUUUAUAGAGUUCAGCUAUUAUUUUCCCCAAAAGCGAUGUUUAUUGUAUCUUCCUUUUUCUUGUCGCAUGUUUUUAAAUUCAGUGAUCAGGUACAUCUCAGGAACGUGUUUUAGAUCGAACUUCAAUAACAGUUGGAGAUAUUUUGCAAGGAUGGGCAUGAAUAUCAAAUUGUAAAGGAAAAUGUGCGGCAUUGUUGGCGAUGACAAAGACGAAAAAGUAAAGGACAGAGGCUUGCCGUUUUGGGAACUAGAGAUCUUACUAUCACUUAUUUUGUCCUGUUGAUCUGAGGUGUCUGAAAAUAACACGAAAUGGAUGCUCCAAUGAAAUGUCAACAUGUGGUUUCAAUAACCCCCGAAAAAAGUCAUACAUUUGCAAUUUAAGUUGAACUUUAGCAAUCCUUAAACAAUACCCAAGAUUGUAUAAGUGCAUCUUUGUGAGAUGGAUGUGGAAGAGAGCUUAGAAGUCGAUGUCGUCGACGGAAAGCAGCCUACUAUCACCGAAGAACUUCUUCAGAUCGUGGAAGACUUCGGUGACUACAUUGAAAAGUUCAUGUUCGAGAUCGUUACUUUCCUCGCUGUCAUCGACUCCUCGAUGGGUCUGAUCAAGGAUCUCUUAUCAAUGUUUGGGUUCUCAGGGUGGAAGAUGACUUUCUUCCCGACCUUUUCCUUUGUAGUUACCAUUGGGGUAUUUUUAUUUGGAUCAAAAAAGCGCAAAGGAAAGCGUGACGCGGAUGCUGCUGGACUUGAUGGGCUUGGAGAUGCCUUGGAGAUGUUGGACGAUAUCAUUGAGGUGGUGGAUGAGGUUGCUGGGGAGAUAGAUGACGAGGGAGGUCUGGGGGUCGGUGACUAUGGUAGCGACAGUGAGCAGGAGGAAGAUGGCCAGGAAACAGAGAAGGACCCAGGAGAAAACCCCGAGGAACCCCAGUUAGGUGCGAGAGUAGAUGAAGGUGCUCCGGGUCCAAGUGCGUUCGGAAAGGCCAUUCGAUUGAUUGUCGUUGUUGUUGGAUUGCUUGCAAAGUUGACUAAAGGAGGAAGGGGUAAAGAGAGCGCUGAAGAGGAGGUGAAUCAAGAUGUUAUGCCUACGACAACAGGUGGCCAAAGCCCACCUAACGAAGCAAAACAAAACAAAUCCGGGAUAACACUUGUUGAGGCGAGCAAAGAGCUCGAAAGAGAAACCGGGGAGCUUGUCAAAGCCGUACAAAGCGACUCAUUAAAGGCUGCAAGUCUUGUACAACAUGGAUCUUCAGAAGUUGGGAGACUUGUGAACAAGAACACUACUGACGUCCUACACAAGACUGGUGUAUCUUCAAUAAGCAGCGGAUUGAUAAGAGAGGUUGGUUUUAUUGGCGGAAAGCUUUCACAAGAAGCGACGAGUUUAGCAGGUAAAGCAGGCAAACAUUCUCUAGAUGGAUUAAAAGGAAACCCUUUACUUCAAGCAACAGGGACUGCAAAGCUUGGCUCGGGAUUGUAUCGAGAAGUGGACUUUAUUUCUGGUAAGCUAACGCAGGAAGCCAAUUCAGCUGCUACCAAAGCUGGUGUGAAGCUAUUGUCAAACGGUUUGAAAACAGAUACAAAAGGGGAAUCCGUGGAUAAGGUAUCUUGCAAUGCAGCACAACAAGAUGGCACUGUUAGAAGAGAUAAAAGAACUCAGUAUUUACCCGAGAAAGGCAAAAAUCAUAAGGUAUCAUUCAAGUCGACACUGAAAGCUUCUUCUGUAGAAAGUGAUAUAAGUUUGCUAGAAAAGAAUGACUUUCUUCAAUCAGGACCAACAUCUCGCCAGUAUCAACUUGAAAGUGGGUAUUUAAUUGGUGAAAUAGGCAGUUUGGAGUGUGUGACAUCGGUUAAGCCACAAAAUUUGAGAACUGAAUUCGAAAGGACCAACUUGUCAAAAACUGAUGUUGAGUCCGAUAUUGAAGCUGUUGCAACCAAGGGGUUAUUUUCAUUCAAUGAGAACUUAAACCGAGUCAGCGGAACCAAGGACACAGAAAAAGUAGACGAGUUAGGAAGAAACACAACGACUUUGAGUGCAUAUCCUAUCGGUUCAAGAGAACAGAUUGUUAAGGGAAAUAAUUCUAAAGGUUCUGUAGAAACUGGGAUAAAUUCGCUUUUGGGAGCCGAAGCCAUCGAGAGCGUCAUGGAUGACGCCAAGGACUUUGCUGGGUCUACAAGUGCGGCAACAAAAAGCUUGAACGAUCAGGCUACUAAAGGGCUCAACGAAGCGAAGCGACGAACAGGCGGGCUAUUACAAAUAGCCGUGCGGCUUUUCCGGGUGAUAAUGCGAGCGCUGAACCGUAAAAAGGGCGGCGAUGGGGCAUCUGCGGACACUGCAUCUAGUGCUGAGUUAGGCGGAGACGCAAAGACAUCGGAGGGUGCUUCAGGGAAGAAAGAUGAAACCCCGGGGAAAGAGGAAGGUGUUCCUGUUGCUGGGGCAAGAAGUGCGGAUGACGGUGGGGGUGAUAUCGGUGCUGGUCUGGCUGGUAUCGCAGCCUCUGUGGGAAAGGGUGGAGGCAAAGGCGGACUGGUGGGUAUCAUAAGGACGGUAGUGGGUGUUGUCGUGCGCCUGGUAGCGAUGGUUAGGAAGAACAAACCAGCGGAGUCCGUGCCAGCUGCGGCAGAGACUCAAGACUCGCAAGUGAAUUUUGAAGAGGACUCGGAUGAUGAGUUUUUUGACGCUGAAGAAGAAGUUGUAAAGGCUGAGCCCCGCACAGCAAACGAAGCCGAAACCUUACAGCCCCGCCUUGUAGAAGAAUCUAAAGCUUCCUCUCGUGUGGUAAGUGAAGGAGUUAAGACUUCUAUGCUGGGGGAUACCUCUGCAGCAUUGAAUGGACAGUAUCUGGGUGCUGAGACUACAGGAACACGGCAUUCAGUUCAAGUAGGCCAACCUGGCACAACAAGCAAAGGUGUAGUUAUAUUAGAUAAUGAACGCGACGGUGUGGACACUGGCAGACCAAACCAAAGGGUCACUCUGAAAAUAUCUGGAGGACAGAGCCAACAGGGGAAGACGGAUGCGGCUACUAACUCUAUAGUCAUUGAUAUUGAUGCCCCGGUUGUCUUGCAUAGUUCAAGUACGGCAAAAGAUAAUGCGAGAAGCACAGAACGUGAUCAAUCUAUACAUCAGUAUACUUGCAGUGACAAUAGUGUACCGGGUGCUACGCCCCUAGGAUCGACACCCAUGAAAUAUACAGAGAAUACAAUUCAAGGGAAUGCGAUGCCUGGAAAAUGUUUUGCUGGACAAAACAAUGUUAGAGAUUUUAAUGGAGAAACGAAUCCAGGAAAAAGUAAACUUAUAAGCGAUGUUUCAAGAAGAGUCCCUGGACGGAAUUUUACAGAAAAAAAUGUGGAUUGCAAAGAUGUGGAUGGACAAAGUCCUCUUGGAAAUUUUGAAAAUUCCGAAAAAAGGAAUAUGUCUAAUGGCCUUGUGGCUGAGCACGACUACCUGAACUACACAGCUCAGUCUAUUUCCAAGAAUCCUCUUAUAUCUUACGAAAGCUCUUCCGACGAUGACGCAGAACUGGACGUGAUUCGAAAUAAAUACCUUCAGGAAAUCGUACCAAAUACUGAAGAAAUGAAAUUCCUUUCUGUAGAAAGAAAAUACAACAAAAAAGCAAGCACGUUAAGAACGGUCAAUACGGAAGACAUGAUAAUUGAGAGGCCUUUUCUAACAAGUAAAUCCGAGUCUUAUUUCUUAGGAAACGCUCAACAGAAAGUAGCACCUAGUUCCAGGCCUAUCAUUAGUGGCCGAGAGACAAUGAAAGCGAGGCUUCAGAGGCUAGAGGAAGAAGGACAUAAGGGAUUUAGCACUAUUAAUCGCGGAUACGCGGUCGAUAGUGAUAUGUCUGGCGAUUGUGAAAUAAAUCGGAAGGUCGUCGUUGGUAAAAGAGAAUCGAUGAGAAGUCGAAUGCAGCAGGCGAAUAUGGCGCAAGACUCGGAGGCGUUUGUGUGUCACAAAGCUAAAGCUCAAGGAACAACUAGAAAUGAUACAGGAGCGCAGGUGUUCGUGCGUGGACAAGAUAGAGUAGCGUCCAUACAUAAUCGACCAAAGGGCUAUAGAGAUAAGAGAGUUGCACGCGAGUUUGCAACACUGUCGCCACAAUCCUCAGAUGUUGCACCCGUAAAUGGCCGACCACAGUGGUAUAAAGAUGAAAGAGUCGCGCACGAGUUUGCAACAUUGUCGCCGCGAUCUUCGGAUGUUGCACAAUCUCCAAAUAACAUCAUAUCCACAGUACAGUCUUUAUUAGGGGAUGUGCAAAGUACGGACACCUCGAUCAUGUCUGAACUCCAAUCGUACCUAUCGGAUGAAGACAUUGUUCAUCUCCGAGACUCUCGACUGACUAAACCAACGCCAGAGCAUAAAGAUCAAAUACGUUCCUCCCGUAAUUCCGAAAGGCAAUCAAAAAAGAGAAAUAAUCUUGAAAAGCGGCUUCACGAGUUGGAAAAAAAGUUGCAAAAAAGAGCAAAAUCGAUUACGCCCACGAGAAAGCAUUCGCGAAAGGACAGGGGACAAAUAACACCGGAGCGGAUUGGACAAGGGAAAUCCCCAGACGGGAGGGGAGGGGCUAUGUCACCUGGGGGGAGGGGGAGGCAGCCGUUGGACUCCCCUCUGCAAGGACUUGAAACCAUAAGGGAUUUGCUUCAGAAACUGGAGAAGCGCCCAUAUUUGUCGAGCAAACAGCUCGUGUUAAAGUCUUCUGAGAAGAAGGCGCGUAAACCAAGGGCGGUAGGACAAGACAAACUGGGAACAAAGGACGAGAAGAUUAAUCGCCGCAGGUAUAACCAACCACCGGUUGAGGAUUCCUCUUCUCCAGUCUCCGACAGACCACGACCAGCGGUUCUAAGCUACUCUGACGUAGCUGUCAGUCUAAGUAGCUCCGAGCCAAACACAAGAUUUAGUGAUGAUUCAAUUACGAUAACUGAAUUUUCCGAAACAUCAUCAACUUCACGUAUGGGAACUCCAGUACCGUCCAGUUCGCAUUGGGAGGACUCCAAGGGCACUAGGAAUGCUAGAUAUCGUGUCUAAAGUUUAUACAAUACACGUUCAAAUGGGAGAAAAAUGAAAGCUA